CUCCUGUUUCCAAUGAACUCAGUUCCACGUACCCUGUGCACUGCAGGAGAGCCUGGAUUCUUCCUCACCGACUUGCUCUAUAAGAAGGCCCACGUUCUCCCAACUCCACAUCACGCGUUCACGCACACCGACGAACCACCUUCGUUUCACGUCGCAGUUGAACAACGCAGAACAAUCCUUGUCCAAGACCCGGUUGGACGCCUUCCCCAUAAGCAGGAGUUUGCAGAAGGGCUGCGAGAAGCUUGAUCGUGCGCACUCAGAUAAGCGCAUACACACACAGACACACUCAGAAUGGCAACCUCAAGCGUGAUGUUCCGGAUCAGUGCCCCCACGCUGAGCAGCUGCGACGCUGGCAAGGCCAACCUGCAGCGCUCCAAAUUGAUCGGUGCUGCAUCCCCGUCGUUGGCGACGCUCCGGCCGCGCAAGCAGAGUGUUCGUUGCGAGGCAGGCAACGACCGAGCGGGCGGUUUAAAGGAGGCCGUGGAUCGGGCCACGAAGAAGAGCAUCACCAAGGACGACAUCUUGCGCAACCAAGAGAGCAAUGAGUCCGAGAAGAAGUUGGUGAUGGGCACGGAGCCCACUUCCGGGUCCUUGUACCCUCGUACAGAAGUGGAGAGGAGGCCUGAGACCGGCGACAAGUCCUUCACCGGCGUGUUUGCGUUCGAUGGAGCGGCGCCGGAGACCAUCAACGGGCGCUUGGCAAUGUUGGGGCUCGUGUGGGCCUUCAUCGCCGAGAAGGCCACGGGAUUGACGGUGUUCGAGCAGCUGUACACGCCAGGGCAGACGGGGCUGGUGUUCUUCGUGGGAGCCGUGCAGCUGUUCACGUAUGCUUCGUUGGUGCCCAUCAUGAACGGCGAGUCCACGGAUGCGCGGAGCUUCGGUCCGUUCACGGCGCGAGCCGAGAGGUGGAAUGGGCGGUUGGCCAUGAUAGGAUUUCUGUUGCUGGUGGUCAUCGAGAUGUUCCGACACGCACCUGUGUUUCACUGAGCGGAGAGUCCACGGAGUUGCCUACGUUAGUGCGAAGCUUGAUGCGUCAGCGGCGUCGGCUGGAGAAUGCCACCCAUGUAGGCGGAAGAGCACUUUGUACAGAUUUGAGCGAGCGAUGAGCCGGAGGAGUUGCAGGCAUUGCUGUAGAAAGAGGGGGAGAGAGUGUAUAAUGUGUGAAUGUAAUUAAAAGAUUUUGAGAAUUGGCACCUUCUGA